CGUCGCUGGACCCAUUUUACAUUCACCAUACGAAAGGACUGAAUUGCCCUCCCUUUCAAAUCUCGUCUUGCUCGCUCUAUUUCUCUGUCCCGGAAAAUUAGAAGACAGGAUUUUCAGGUCGUCUCUAGAUUUCCUCUCUCCGCACGGCUUUUGCGAGAAGCGGAAUAUGGCCUUCGCCUCUUUUCUUGGCAGAGUCCUCUUCGCCUCCGUUUUCAUACUCGCUGCUUACCAAGAAUUCAAUGAAUAUGGGGUAGACGGGGGACCUGCAGCGAAGGCACUCAGACCAAAGUUUGAUGCUUUUACACACCGCGUGCAUUCUCAUGCUGGCUUUCAACUUCCAGAAAUUGAUAUUAAAUAUUUGGUUGCGGGAGCUAUUGCACUCAAGGGAAUUGGGGGGCUCCUUUUCAUCUUUGGAAGCACUUUUGGAGCUGUCCUCCUGCUUUUGCAUCAGAUGAUUGCGACUCCAAUACUGUAUGACUUCUACAAUUAUGAUAAUGAGGGCAAAGAGUUCAAUCAACUUUUCAUCAAAUUUACACAGAAUAUGGCUCUUUUUGGGGCUCUGUUGUUUUUCAUUGGAAUGAAAAACUCCAUUCCUAAAAGGCAACCCAAGAAGAAGGCUCCCAAAACAAAAACCUAUUAGUGGCAUCAAUCGGGAGGUACCCAUAUUGCAUGGAAUUUCUCAGGUUACCUGCUGGUUCUUGCCAUUCUUGAAUCCGCCACGAUAUGUCCAGGGUUUGUAUCUGGUUCGGAGCCAAUUUUCGCUCUCAUUUGAGUAUUGUAGUUGCCUACAAUUUUUUCUUUAAUUUAUGGUUUCUCUCUUGGGAAGAGGUUAGGAACUAUCUUUCGAUUGCUAGACUUUGUCUGCCAAGAGGGGAAAAAGAGAAGUUCAAAGCCUGUGCUUUUUCAAACUUCCGAGUGUCAUUCUUAACUUUUGUUCUGUUUUGGCGAUCUUGGUCAUAGUUUCCGGCACAAGAACUCUGAAAGCCAUCGUUGAACCUAACUGGAUUUGUAGGUCGGCUAGUUGGCUUUAUUUGCAGUACACGCUCUUGUUAA